AUGACAUUUGCAUCAAAACUGCAUGCAUACUGUAUGCUGAUGAUGACAGCGACAUCAUUUGUAGGACAAUGUAGUGUGAUCAUAAGAGUCGUCAGAGAGUUGGUCUCAUCAGCUGCAACCGGCAGUGAUCGGGGAACAGCAUAAAGCCCCCAUAUCACAACCCGCGAUAGUCAUAAGUGAUCACUAAUCCACUCUGUAAAGUGGCAUCUUCAACGACAGUCUAACUAACUAACACUCAGAUGAAAGUUUUGCUCUCUUUCUAGGAGCCAUGACAUUUGCUGCUCAGUGAUGUGAGGCUUGUCAUGCUUGUCCGCCGCCCCCACUGCACACAUCAUAAACUACAGAUGCUGCAAAUGGAUAGUGUGAAGGAGAGAAAAGACAAGAAGCUGAUUUCAAAUUCUGUAUGGAUUCCAAUACAAUGGGAGUAGUGUUGACUGCCAUAGAGUUGUUCAAUAGCCAUGGGCAGAGAGCCCUUAUGGUGUGAGGACUGUGGAAAAAGCCAUAUGGGGGAUUGCCCAGUACAUGGACCUUUGUUAAAGGUUAGGGAUAAAGUGAUACCUACAAGAGCAAGACUGACUUUACCCCACUACCUCAUGUUAAAAGAGCUGGAGCUACGCACUGCAAACCAACAAGUAUUGGGAGUAUUUGCUCGUAAGCUUAUUCAGCAAAGAACACAGUUUGGUCCAUUUAUCGCCCCAAGAGUUCCAAAAUUGGAGAUCGUACCACCUGAUAAUAAACUCAUCUUCAAGGUGUUCAAGAAUAAAACUGAAGUCUCCACACUAGACCUCAGCAAUGAAAAUGCCUGCAGUUGGAUGAUGUUUGUGCGAACUGCGACAACAUUUGAGGAACAAAACUUGGUUGCCUAUCAGUUCAACCAGGAAAUCUACUUUGCUACUUGUAAACCUGUGGCACCCCAUGCAGAGCUGAAAGUGUGGUAUGCUUCUGACUAUGCUGGGAUCAUGAACGUGGAAUUGCUGCAUACAGAUAUCCCAGAUAAUUCUCCAAUUGAUCAUUCAAGUUCUUCUAUUUCAAAAUUACAAGUCAGUGAUGAUGCAACUAACAUUGAUGUCAAACAAACAACACAGGUACAGGACAAAAACAAUAACAAGAUCAGUAGAAACAGCUGUGAACCCUGGAAAUGCUCAAAUUGUAAUAAGAUGUUUGGAACCUUUUUUCUACUUGAGCAACACUCCUGUGAGUCGAAGAAAGCCAAACGAGGACAGAAACCAAACAAGCACCUUCGCAGGAAACUGAAUGCAAGAGAGUCACAUCUUCGCAAGCAUAAAGAUCAAGAAAUGAAGCAAGUGGCACAGGUCAAAGAACUAACACAGGUCAAAAAUGAGGUUAUUCAAGGAUGUUCAAAGCCAAAGGUCAGAAAAGAUCAUGUAACAUAUGCUUGUCAUUUGUGUCCAAAGGUGUUUUUAAAUUCGGACAAAUUGAAAACACACAGCUACAUCCAUACAGGGGAGCGCCCUUUUCCUUGCACAAGUAAAGAUUGCACCAAGGCGUUUAUCUCAAAAUACAAAUUAUUACGCCAUGUGACGACCCAUUCUCCGAUGAAAGUUCAUAUUUGUUCAUACUGUGACAAAAAAUUCCAUCGUAAAGAUCACCUAAAAAACCACUUGCAAACCCAUGACCCUAAUAAAAUCUCCUUUAGGUGUGGGGAUUGUGGGAAAAUGUACAACACUAAACCAGGGUUCAAGAAGCACAUUGCUCUUCAUGCUGCAGCGUCAGGAGAGCUCACUUGUAAAAUUUGUGAUAAAGAUUUUGGAAACACACAAAGUUUACUUGAACAUAUCAAACUUCAUUCAGGAAAAUCAAAUGGCGCUAAAGAGAAAAGACAUCGGUGUGAACAUUGUGAUAGACAAUUUUACACAAGAAAAGAUGUGAGGAGACAUAUGGUUGUACAUACAGGCAGAAAAGACUUUCUAUGUCAAGCUUGUGGGCAAAGGUUUGGUCGUAAAGAUCAUCUUGUAAGACAUACAAGAAAAAGCCAUGAUAGUAGCGAGCAAUUACGGGUUAAAUUAGGCGAGCAUUUGCAAACUGUGGGAUCAGCAACUGUUCAACAGAUGUUAGAUAUGCAGCAAUUCCAAGGACAAAUUCAUAUUCCUCUGCCUCAAGGUAAUCAAUGCUCAAUUGGACAAAUGACAUCUUCUCACCAGUUAACAGAUUUGUUGAAGAUUCCUCCAGUACCAACACCUAGGUUCUCCAACAAGACUGCGCAGAAGGUUUCAUCACCUAAGGCACCUGUUAGAUUGAUGAUAGAAAAGACAACAGUGGAUACAUAUUUAGACUCUGGCAACCUUAAAGGAAUAUCAGGAGCAGAUUCAUUCCACUCAGGAUCUGUUGAUUUAGGUCAACUUUUAGGCUUUCUACCAAUCCAGCAACAUUCUCCAAUACCACCACCAACUCCUCCGCAAACUUUGACACCCACUUCCCCACCUAACACACUACCUCACAGCCCUAUUACAAUAUGUCUACCCCAACAUCAGCAAUCCCAGCAACCACUCCAUCCACAAAUGCAGCAUCAAUCACAACAACAGCUACAAACUAUGCAGUCACCAUGUACAGACAACAUUCAUAGUAUGGUGCAAGUACCAUUUACCAAUAUGCAUUCUGCAUUGCCACGCUUCCAUCAAGCUUUCCAGUAGUACUCAAUGUUCUCAUAUCUAUAUUUAUUUUACAAUUGUUCAUGUUGUUAUAUAUAAACUCAACAUUUUCAAAAACAAAAUGAAACUUGUCUUUGAAUAACAAGGAAACCAGGAAGGAGAAAAUGGAAGACUCAACAAGAUAUAUAACUUACAUUGAACAGCUUAUUCAAUGAUUGGGCUCUACGCAUUAUAAACUCAGAUAUCCCAAAAUUAAUGUGCUACCUUGUUUUAUUCAUUUUGGGUGAUAAGGUCAGUGGAAAUGUUAAUGUUGAUUUUUAAGGGACGAUACAACUCAAUUUGGAGUUUCCUCCUUAUUUUAGAUAAAGGGAUAAAAGGGUAGCAACGAGUUCUUAAACUGCCAGUUAAAAACAAAUGUUAAGUUUUUAUCCUUUGUGAAUUAACAAUUUGAACAGCAGUUUAAUUACAUGUCAUUGACAGCACUCCUUAAUUUAAUGUUUGGCUUUGUCAAUUGUUGACUUCAUUGUCAAAGACAAGAGCGGUGUUUGAAAGGUCAAUGGUAUGGUUAUCUCUGUUUCGGGAAUUUAUAUGUUUUCAGUUUCAUUCAAGUGUAAUUGGGAAGUGUUUACAAAUAUUGACUGUUCCAAUGCUAUGGUUGAAACAUCAACUGCCCAGGAGAUUUUUCACAGGUGAAGCCAAGGGAAAAUGGAAUUGUCCAAUCAUCAACGAGGGAGUCAUAGUUGCAAGAACAUAACCAUAUAUUAACCAUACAUGUAUAUUUGCUAACACAUCAUACUUUACACUACCACAUAAUUAUGUCUUGGUACCAAGAAGCUGUCAUUGCUACAGUUUUAGUACAUGGGUUAUGCCGGCCUACUUUAAACCAUUCACAUGGCAGAUUUAGGUACAUGUGUGUGGGGGCGUUAUAACACUACAAAACCAUGAUCAUGAUUCCACUCCCAAAUACACAGCCAUUAAUUAGCACUAUUAGACUCUUCAUUCUGUGUACAUACAGACAGACUUAAUUUAACGAUUGUCAUUCAAGCUUAUUAUGGAUAUGUUUGCGCAUGGAUAGCUGCCGACUGGGGUUGGUUUGCCACAAUGUGAAAGUGCACUCGAUUCCACAAAUUAAAGCUAAUUCUGACUUCUUAUUUAUUUGUAUUUUGUUAUUUAUAUUUUUGUAUAAUUCUGGGUUUGGUUUUUUUAUAUUUUAUGUUGUGUGCCCCAAAAUUACAGUUUUUUCAUCUGAACCAUAGUUCCCCAAAAUGUUCAGCAGAUGAAAUCCACAGCUUAACAAAGAUGACUCAUAUUCAGGACAACGCUGUAGUACACUGCAUAGACUUUAUACACUAAGCCAAUCCUGUAUCAGUUUGUUAGUCACACUGUAUACUGAUACCCUAUAAGGGUAGGAACUCCAAUACAAAAGCUCAUAUUGUACACAACAAGUACAUUAUUUUGUAGUAAAAAAUGUAUCAACAAAAGUUUUUGCAAUAGUGUAAAAAAACAUUAACCAGCAUUUAUUUAUUCCAUUUAAGUAAAACCAUGCAUAUAAAUGUAUAAUCACAUUAAGGCAUUACGCAUCCAAUUGUAAACCAACCAAUGUGAUGACAUUUGACAUUGUGCAUUGCUUCUUAUUGUUAUCAUAACAUUGAAUAAACACAGUUGAUUUGUUUGUAAAAAAUAUACCUAAAAUUUAACCUUUAAAUUUUAAAAGAAAAAUGAAUGAUGUUAUUGUAUCCCAAGAAUCUCAAUAAGGUUAAUGCCUGAUUAUUAAUUCCUGAUACUUUGACACAUUUUAGUCUGUGAACUAUUGUCACAAAAUAAAUAACAUCUUCCCUCACCAAGCAAGAAACCUUAUAGCAUUUAAUACAAUAAAUAAUUCUCGCUAACCUUUUUAUUUAUACUUGACAGUAUUGAGAUUUUAACUAUUUGUUUGUAGGAUAUUUAUUUUUAUUAUCCAUUUGAUCUGGUUUAAGGUUAUUGUUGCAAAUUAAUGUGCAAUUUAAAUAAGUUGUGUGUGCGGGAAGUUAAAUUUGUAUUAUGUUUAAUAGUUGUUAGGAUUGUAAGCAGAGGUUGUUUUAUGUUUUGUGAAUUCGUUACCAUUUGUUGAUCAAGUAUUAGUAUUGCAACAAGUUUGUUGUGUCAGCUUUGUUUGUUGCAGCUUUUUAUACAACUGAAGAUAUUAACUAUUUGGACAGAUAAUCAAGUAGUGAAAGGCUAACCAUUUUCCCGUAUAUGUACAAAGCCUAUUCGUACUGCUUGAUUAUUGUGAAAAGAGACCAUGCACAAAUUAACCAGUCUAUUAGCUGCCACCAAUAACCUGAGAUUUGUACCAUUUUCAUUGGUAAAUGCGCUUGUUUGAUAUUUUAAAAUGUAUUCCAGUCACUGCUUUAUUUGUUAUCUGUAGAUUAAUAUUGAAAUUCUUUGAAAUCCAAAAACUAAGUAGAGCUUUACUUAUUUAAUUUCUAUUUACUUAUAAAUGUUAACAACAACAUGGGUUGUUAAAUUACUUUCAAAAAAAGAGUCUAAUACAAACUCAAAGUAUACGGACAUUAUCACUUUUAAUUCGUGAUGUUGUACAGAUAGAUUGUCCUCCAAUUUGUCUGAAAGAGGAGGUUCAAGCUCGAAUUAAUUUUUGUGACAAAUUUAUUUUCCAAUAGAUUUGGGUGCAUAUGGAAUUGAGAAGAUAUGGGGUAUCUAACCUACAUGACCGUUAGAUAAUCUUCCAGUGCCAACUUAGUCAACUUAAAUAACAGUCAAAUGUUGCAGCAUCUGUGAUUUUCUGUUGCUUAUAGUUUCAGAAUUGUUGUAUUCAUAUUAGGGCAAUUAAAAUAGUUAAUGUUUGCGUGGGACCGGAUCUCUUACCAAAUGAUGAAAUAAGAAAUGCCCCUUUUUACACAAAAAUGGGUUUGGUUUUGGGUUUGUUUGGUGGCAUCUGGUGUUGAACAAUAAUACUUCCCUUAUGCAUAUGUGCACGAUUUCAACAAGAAAUAAUGUCCCUCACUUGUCAAAUUAUUAACUGUACAGCAACCAUCACCUUAAAACAGCAUAAGCUAAUAUAUGCAUGAAAUGUUUGUAAUAUAUAUUCUUGACUGUUCGUUCAUGUACAUAUGCUCAGCAAGGCUGAUUUUAAGUGUUUUCCCUAUACCAAUAAAUCUAGGGUAAAUCAAUAUACAUGUAUACCCAGUGCUAACUUUCUUGAGACUUAUUCGAGAGGAAAAAACACUUAAUCACCUUCGUUGUGAUUAAACCUUAAUACAUUUUGGGCUUGGUCGAAUUUUUGAGGCCAAAAUAUUAAAAUCCGCUUCGAGAUGUUUACCAAACUGACAAACUCAAGCCAAUUUUUCAACAAUUGAAACUUAGGGCUGCUGUGCUGUGUUAAAAUUGCUUUCGUUCCUGAUAUCGAACUGUUUCUUAAUGAAAAUAUUGCUCUAGAGACAUUGUAAUAAUGAAUUAAACUAGAGCUCGUAGUGCUCUUGAUUACUUGGCUUAUGGGUGUGAUUAGUAGAAAUACAUUGAUACAACUGUUAGAGGCAAUACCGUAUUUGUGUAUUUCUUGAAAUGGUGUUGAUAUGUAACAUUGUGAAAUUAUUUUUACUAGGAUUUAUAAUACGUAUAUGUGAUACAAAUACGAUGUUGUUGUGUAUUCAUCUUGUUAAAAUACUAUUUAUACUAUACUAUAAAUGCAUUAUUGGUGUUUUUUUAAUGCUUCGAUGAUCAUCGUAUAAAUUAUAUCCAAUGCUUUGUUGAUCUUGUGACCUCACUUGUAAGUAAUUCGUAAACAGUAUUACAAUUGUAACAUAUUUAAGAAUACUUAUGGUAUUAUUUUAACUUCAGCAGCUUUUGUAACAGAUAACAUAUUAAUAUGUAAAUAUGAAUAUUUAUUAUGCAUAUUUUUUAAUAUACUAAUACAGUACCAGUAUAUUCUUAUCCAUUGUGUUAUAAUGCUUUUUAUCCAUGUAUAUUUUUUAAUUAAGAUUAUUACAGUAGAUGGGACUAGUCAAUGACAUAAAGCACUGUUUUGUACGAAGCCUUUGAUGUCUCGAAUACAAGACCUAUUGUUCUUUCUUUGUAGGCUUAUCAUUUUUAUUUUGUGUCAACAUUAUUUUGUAACUCUGAGAUAAAACCCCAUAGCCACAGGUAUUUUCUAGUAGGAAAUAAUAUCUCGUCACAUAAUUUAUUUGAUUUAUUUUUGUUUUGAGGUUAAUAGCUAUGUUUUUCUUUGAAUUAUACUUUAAAUGGUUUUAUCUUUCCUUGAUUGUGUGAUGAAGCACUGGUUUGUGUGUUGAUUUCGAGAUCUUGCAGCAAAACCUAUUGUCACCUUCAAAAGGGUUUACCCUUUCAAGAACAGAACUUGUAAUGUCAGUUUUUAUCCUUGUAAUAAGGUACAGCAAACAACGUUUCAUUCUGGCUUUUCAAACACUAGAUAAUCACUUUAAAUGGCUAAGAUAUAUAGUCUGGAAGAUUGGAAGAUUGGCAAUUGUAUUCAAAGUAUGACAAUGACAUAUUUCUGCAUGCAAUUAAAAUGUUACUACUCCAACUUACCUAUUAACUGUUAUGAAUGCGGAAAAUCAUGCCCAUGUGUUGUUUUCCCGCUGGACUCGACAAGCAUCGUUGGCUUUAAUCGUGCACCGAUUAAUAACCAUUCAAACCUAAGUAAGAUUUUAAACUUUGCAUGGUGGAAAUAUGAUAUGGAAAAGUUUGCGGUAACACCGUGUAAUGACUUUCUCUCCUGAGUUGGGGUGGUUGACAUUUCGAUUAGUAGGCUGUGAUCGUCUUCUGGAGAUAAGAAGACGAUUAGAGCAUACUGAUCGAAACGUCGACGCGUCGAGUUGAAACC